AUGAGUCGCAUUGUGAUAUACAACACGACCGUCCUCACAUUGGACGAUGAGGAUACAUUCUACUACCCGGGCACCGUGGAAAUUGUCAACGACCGCAUAGCUGGCGUCUAUGGAGGCAGCCCCAGUGCCGAGAGUCUCACGGACCCUACCACCACAGUGAUCGAUGGCACCGAUAAGCUGGGCUUCGGCGAUGAGCUUCCGCUGAAGGAAUACUUGGAGGAGGUGUGGUAUCCGAGCGUGCGGGCGCUGAAUGAGGAGCGCACGUUUGUGGCAGCGAUGCACUCAUACUGCGCGGCGCUCAAGUCGGGUACAACGACGGUGAACGACAUGUACCGCUUUGUAGGCGCGCGAGUCAGAGCGGCUGAUGAGAUUGGCAUCCGGGCGACGCUGGGCGGCGAGAUUGCGCUGGCCGAGCACGGGCUGGACUCGCUAGCGGACAACGAGGCGGCCUUUUGGGCACACAACAAGCAGCAGCGGCUGUCGUCCUCGUCGGAUGGCCGGGUGCGCGUCUGGCUAGGACUCGAGUGGAUGUUGACGUCAGACUUGGCCCUGCUACAGGCAGUCGGCCGGGCGAAGAAGGCACUGGGAACGGGACUUCACCUGCACCUGUGUGAGUCGGAGGGCGAGGUGGUCGAGACAAGGGCAUGCUACGGUGGCCGAUCGCCCGUGCAGCUGGCUUACGAAGCCGGCUUGUUGGGUCCGGACACUGUAGCGGCCCACUGCGUGCACCUGGACGACGAGGAUGUUCAACUGCUCGCGGCUACGGGCACUUCCGUCUCCUACGACGCCGGGUCCAACGCAAAGCUCGGCAACGGCAUUGCCCGGCUGCAGGAUUUGCUUGCGGCCGGCGUCAAUGUCGGCAUCGGCAUCGACGCGUUCGAGUGCGAGAACAGCCCAGAUAUGUUUGCCCAGAUGAAGAUCGCCUCGCUCGUUCAGCGAGCCCUCCACCGCGAUGCCUCGCUGGGCCGUCCGCAUGAGAUCCUUCGCAUGGCUACGCGCAACGGCGCCCACGCGCUCGGCAUCGACGCCGGUGUUGUUCGCGAAGGCGCCAAAGCCGACCUCAUCGUGCUUGACCUUACGCACAAUCACAUGUUCACCCCACUGCUCCACGACCCCGCCCGCCGCAAGACCAUGCUCGAGAGCCACCUCGUGUUCGGAUGCAACGGCUCGGCCGUGCAGCACUCCAUCGUCGAUGGCAAGAUCGUUCUCAGAGACUUCCAAAUCCUCGCCAUCGACGAAGAAGACUUGCGCAAACAGAUGGACGCCCUCUUUGAGGAUAUCGCGCGCGAGAUGCCGUCGCUCGUCCGUAAAGUAAACUAG